AUGCAAGCUGCUGUUGGGCACGCAGCAAGCUGCUGCAUGCCCAGCAGUAGCUUGCUGCUGUGCGCAGCAAGCAGCUACUGCCCAGCAGCUGCUGGCAGCAAGCAGCAGCAGCAGCAGCAGCAGCAGCAGCUGCAGCAGCUGCUCCCGCAGCUGCCUGGGCAGCUGCUUGCUGCUGCCAGCAACUGCUGCUGCUGCUGCUACUGCUUGCUGGCAGCAGCAGCAGCUGCGGGCAGCAAGCAGCCGCUGCUACUGCCAACAGCAGCAAGCAGCUGCCCAGCCAGCUGCUGCUGCCUGCUGCUGGCAGCAGCAGCUGCUUGUUGCCCAACAGCAUCGCACAGCAGCAUGCUGGCUGCUGUUGUAGUUAAUAUGCCUCGAAGAGCAGUAUCAUCCAGAGGUAGAGAACAUAGCCAACAUCUGUCUAUGAAUGAAAUAGAUGAGGCAGUACAGGUGCAGGAGGAAAUACUGGAGCACACUCCACAAGCAUUAGGGGGCCAAGCAAACGCAUCCUCAUCAUCAUCAGUUCGAACUAGAGGUCCGAAUUUGGGACAUCCUAUCCCAUCAAACCCGUCUGAUCGACAAUUGAUUAGAUUGAAAGGAACUGUGUAA